AAAAGGAACACACUGACAGUUGCAGUAUGCUGUGGUUGUGUUCUUCAUAGGAAAAGAGAAGUGCCAUGGAGGAAUUUCAGGUGAUCGUCCAUACCUUACCAGCCCCCACCUCUGGAACAUACAGCAUCCUACGGCUCACUCUGAUUGGCUCAGAGGGUGGCGAAACCCCACCCAUCUCAGUGAAUGCUGGGGCCAACCAGCACCACCUCCUACCUGGAUCAGCCUGUGUGGUCAGAGUGUGGUCAGAGGUGGCACUGGGUCGAGUAGUUCUGGUCCGGCUACGGUUGGAGGCUCGGACGGGUUUCCCGGACCUGGACUGGCACUGCAGGGGGGUGGAGGUCCGGAGGCUGUGUGACAGACAGGAGGAAGGGGCGGGGCUACAGCACCAAGAGGCAGAGCACUUCCCUUGUAGCAGGUGGCUCCGGUCUGUAGAUGGUGACGUGGAGCUACGGAAUGGAGACAUGUGUCUGUUGAACUCAGAGACUGUGCAAACACUGAAGGACCACAGACUCAAAGAUCUGCACACUAAACAGCAGCACAUCAGGUGGCGUACGUUUGCUGAGGGUGUCCCUCACUGUGUGGACAUGACCAGUCUGAAGGAACUGGGACCCAACCUCAGCUACACACGCCAAAGCCCAGGCAUCAAUCUGCAGUAUCUAAGGGGUUUUACUGAGAGAGCUGAAUCCUGGAGUAGCUUUACUGAGCUGAAGACCAUGUUCAGCCACAAUGGGAGCCAGAAUACUGUCGCUAAGUAUGUGCAGGCCCAUUGGGCUGAGGACUGGUUCUUUGGCUACCAGUGUUUGAACGGCUGUAACCCUCUCAUGGUGCGACAGACACGCCUCCUCCCUCCCAACCUGUCAAUCAACUCUGACAUUCUCUGCCCCUUCCUGCCUGACGGAUCCUCACUGGAACAGGAGCUAGAGAGAGGGUCUAUUUUCCUGCUGGACUACGAGAUGUUGGAAGGUGUCCCGGCCAACGUGAUCAAUGGGAAGCAGCAGUUUCUCGCCGCCCCGCUAGUCCUUCUGCACCUCAACCAGGAGGGGGAGCUCAAACCCAUCGCCAUCCAACUGCAGCAGGCCCCUGGUCCUCAGAACCCAGUGUUCCUGCCCUCUGACCCUGGCCCUGAUUGGCUGUUGGCUAAGACCUGGGUGCGCUGCUCAGACUUCCAAUGCCACCAGCUUUCCUCACACUUUCUCAGAACCCACCUGCUGGGAGAGGUGUGUUGCACUGCCACCCUCAGGCAGCUGCCAGAAGUACACCCUCUACACCAGUUGUUGAUGCCUCACAUAAAAACCACACUACAGAUCAACAUCCAAGCCAGGGCCUCUCUACUGGCUGCCAACGGAGUGUUUGACAAGGCCGUAGGCUGUGGUCUGGAGGCAUUGCCUGUACUGUUGUCUCGAGCCACAGAGCGUCUGCGUUACCGCUCCCUGUGUGUCCCUGACGACCUGGCAGACAGAGGGAUACACACACUCAAACACUGCUACUAUGCACAUGACGCACUGCGAGUGUGGACCGCACUGCACAGAUUUGUGAGUGGCUGGGUGGAUGUGUAUUACCUUGGAGACCAGGAUGUGGAGCAGGACUCUGAGCUGCAGAGCUGGAUCACUGAGAUCUACACGCAUGGCUUCCUACAGCUCCCUCACUCAGGUUGCCCACAGUCAUUCCAAACCAAACCAGAACUCUCUCAGUUUGUUACUAUGGUUAUAUACUGCUGCUCUGCGCUGCACGCUGCUGUCAACUUCUCUCAGGUGGAUUUUGACUUGUGGAUGCCCAACUGCCCAGGCUCCAUGACGCACCCCCCUCCCCAGACCAAAGGCAUGUUGACGGAAGACGAGAUUCUCUCCAUCCUUCCGGACGUCAACUCCACCUGCAACCUCCUCAUCACUCUGUUCCUACUGUCCCAGCCCGCUGCCGACUACGUGCCUCUGUGUCAGUAUCGUGAGCCUGUGUUCAGCAGUGGCGCUCCCCGCAGGCUGGUGGAAAAGGUGCAGGCCGAGCUCAGGGCCAUUUCUGAUGAGAUCACAGACAGGAACAAGAAGUUGGAGCUGCCCUACGACUACAUGUCCCCCGACCGCAUCGAGAACAGUGUGGCCAUCUGAGCUGCUGUGAAUACACCCACACAGACACGCAUGCACACACGUUAUGUUCUACCCUCGUAGGGAGCUAAAAUUAAUUUCCCUUCAAAGUCCUAUUUUCCCUAUCCCUCAACUUAAAAUAGCCUUUUAUCCUCGUGAUUUUAGGUCCCCACAAGGAUAGAAGUACCAACCAAUCCACACAUGCAUGCACACGCGGACAAGUAGACACAAAGACCCCAAGGUGCGCGUGCACACACACACACACACACACACACACACACACACACACACACACACACACAUACACACACACACACACACUUCCAGCCACAUGCACAAACAUAAACAACAGCUUAAGGUUAAAAAAGUGUUAAAACCUGCUGUAUAAUGAUUGAACUCUAUGAACCACAAUGUUUCUUCAGUUUCUAUGAAUCACGCUUUGAAGGUGUUAGUGCUGCACCAGGAAUCAACAACAACAGCAGAAAAUAAUACCGGCUGCAUCUCAAUAGUAUAUAGUGGCCUCCUCUCCUAUUAUCCUGUCCUUUUCUCCUCCAUCCUUGCUGAGCGAGAGAUUGACCAGGAUUUAGCUUCCACCUGUCAUGUUUUAAAAUUAUUUCUUUAACAUGUCUCCUCCCCUUCAUCUACACUGAUUGAAGUGAAUUUAAGAAGUGACAUCAAUAAAAGAUGAUAGUUUUCACCUGGA